UGACCCCGCCGCCAAGAGUGACUUGGUGGACUUUUUUCUGCCCUGGGGCACUUUGGGACUUGGAAAGGCGGCCGUGGGCUUUGUUGGGGCAGCGUCUGAAAUGGCAGUUGCUGUUUUCCUUCUAGACACAACACGCGGGGGCUGCUGUGGGGGAGACGAGCCUCUCUCCACGCUGCUGGCGCGUUGUCAAGAAACACGCUCAGCGCCUUGUUUGUGCGCCUCCAAGUUUCAUUGUCUGCUCCCACACCCCACGCUCGGCCCAGCCGCCGCGUGGCUCCUCGUCCUGUCUCUCCGGCGGGGGCUGUGGGGGUCCGGGCCGGGGGACCCUGCGCCUCGCUUUUCCAGGGCGGGGCGUGCAGCGGAACCGUGGCGCGUCUUUGUCUGAAAGAAAGUUCUGCUCCGAGAGCCCCCACUCCCAGCUGGGCCUGGGCACUUUUCUUGGGGCAUGUGGUGUUUUCACAAUUAAAGGAAUGUGGUCCCGGCCCCUCACAAAGCCCUCUGCUGUAAACAGCUUUGGAAAACUAGACUUUAAGAAAGAAAAAAAAAAUUCCCAGUCUCUCAAAGUUUUCCCACGAUGGAUUUGGGGCAAGAUGAAGAGUUAGGACGGAGGGCCAGCCAGUUCCAGCGGCGUUCAGUCAGAACGCGUCCAAGUGUGACAAGCAGGCUUGGUUGUAAGUGCAGAAGAGCGAGGCUGUCAUUGUUUCCACCAAGCGUUCUGGAAGCUUUACAACUAAAACUUGCCGUCUGGUUUAAAAAAAAAAUUGCAAAAUACACAGAAAAAAAAAAAAACCACCACCUAGAAAGGUCAAGGACUGAGAAGUCCCUUUUGAAGUUCACUUCGGAGUCCCAGCCUGGGAGGUCCCCCGAGUGUUCCGUGGAGGGCCGGGGCUGGCUUUUCUGUUGUGAUUUAUGUGGAGUGGAUCAAAACAGAAGUUAAUCGCGGGGGUGGGGGCGCUGCUGCGCAUGCCCGGGAGCUCCCUCGCGUGUGGGACUCCACAUUCUUUCAGACGCGGACGGCGAGCGCGGCUCCCACGGAACAGCCGAGUUGUGGUGCGGCCGCCCCGCGCGCGCACACACAGACACACACACACGCACGCACGCACCGUCCCGGCGGCUGCGUUUCUCGCGUGUGUAGGGGGGAAUCCCCUGUUGCCCUGUGGUUUCCGUGCGGGACUUUGAAACACGCGGCGCGUCUCUGUCCCCCCACCCCCCAGGCUCUCCCGGCAGGACAGAGAAAUCACACGUGAAAGGCCGGGUCACGGCGGGGCGGGGAGGAGUUGGGAGUAGGACUUCCCUUUCUCCCUGAGGGCCACGGGGAGAACUGGGACGUUUCUCUUGGCUCUGUGAGAAGACGCGCGAGGGAAGAGCCGCGCCAGCCUGGACUCUGCUGGGAUGACAGGUGUCAUGGUAGCGUCCGGCAGUGAGACCGAGGAUGAGGACAGCAUGGACAUUCCUCUGGACCUCUCCUCUUCGGCUGGUUCAGGCAAGAGGAGGAGGAGGGGCAACCUGCCCAAGGAGUCUGUUCAGAUUCUCCGAGACUGGCUGUAUGAGCACCGAUACAAUGCCUAUCCCUCAGAGCAAGAAAAAGCCUUGCUGUCCCAGCAAACACACCUGUCUACGCUACAGGUCUGUAACUGGUUCAUCAACGCCCGACGCAGGCUCCUCCCUGACAUGCUGAGAAAGGAUGGCAAAGAUCCAAACCAGUUCACAAUAUCCCGCCGUGGGGCCAAGAUUUCUGAAGCUGGCUCUAUGGAGUCUGCAGUGAGCAUCAAAAACUUCAUGCCAGCUCUUGAGGAGAGCCCAUUCCAUUCCUGUACAGCUGGACCAAACCCAAUCCUAGGGAGGCCACUGUCUCCGAAGCCACCAUCCCCAGGAUCAAUUUUGGCUCGUCCAUCGGUGAUCUGCCAUACCACUGUGACUGCGCUGAAAGAUGUGCCUUUCUCUCUUUGCCAGUCAGUCGGUGUGGGACACAACACAGAUAUACAGCAGAUAGCAGCCAGCAGCUUUACAGACGCCUCUCUUGUGUACCCAGAGGACACAUGUAAAUCUGGACCAAGUACAAAUACACAGAGUGGUCUUUUCAACACUCCUCCCCCAACUCCGCCGGACCUCAACCAGGAUUUCAGUGGAUUUCAGCUUCUAGUGGAUGUUGCACUCAAAAGGGCUGCAGAGAUGGAGCUUCAGGCAAAACUUACGGCUUAACCCUUUUUCCAGUAAAAUAGUUCUCAAAAAUGUCAUGAUUGCCGGGGUGAUGGCAAGAGAUGAAUUGCAUUAUUUUAUAUAUUUUUUUAUUAAUAUUUGCACAUGGGAUUGCUAAAAUGCAGCUUCCUGUUACUGAAAUGUCUUCAAUGGAAUACAGUCAUUCCAAGAACUAUAAAUUCAAAGCUACUGUAGAAACAGGAUUUUCUUCUUUAAAUGUUUCUUGGUAGAUUAUUCAUAAUGUGAGAUGGUUCCCAACAUCAUGUGAUUUUUUUUUUCUCCCCUUUCCCUUUUGUGUUUGUUUUUUUUUUUUUCAGACUGUGCAAUACUUAGAGAACCUAUAGCAUCUUCUCAUUCCCAUGUGGAACAGGAUGCCCAUAUACUGUCUUAAUAAAUUUUCAAUUUUUUUUCAAACAAGUAUGAAUCUAGUUGAUUGAUGCCCUUUUUUUCAUGAUGUAAUAAAGUAUUUUCUUUAAAAGA